UGUGCUUAUCCGUCGUCUGUAACUUUCAUUGCAGCAAGUAAGCGUUUGCCGUUGGACAUCAGACAUCGUCCAUCGUUGUGAAUUUCUCGGCCGCCCUAUACUCAUAUCUUGCUUUCCAUUCAGACAUUUUACAACCAGAACAAUUGAAGGGCAUCUCGCAGCAAGCGGUUUUCCACGAAUGACCUCCGGUGCCGCCCCUCAAGAUACUUGGGUGUUUGACUCCAGCACAGGAGUUUUCUAUCACGCCCCUUCCAAUACCUACGCCAUUCAUGACUCAGCCACUGGGCAGUGGACUUAUCAUACUGCUUCCGAAUUUCAUCAGGCUUCUGGCUCAAAUAUCCACCAUCAACAGUCACUCGAAGAUCCGUUGACUCCUACCACAACGAACCUAGAUGGAAGACCGCAAAUAAUAGAGGAAGGCGAGAUUCCAGAUGAUGUAGGCUGGGGAGGGCUUAUGGAGCCUGAAAAGCUUGCAGAGAUAGAAAAGGCAGCUAAGAAAAAAGAAAAGAGAAAUGGAGAACAUGGCACUCUUGAGGGUGUGCAUUAUGGUGCUGGAGAGUUUAGGGAAGGUUCGACAGCGGCGGAAGCUAUAUCUUCCCAUAGAAGCACUAAUACCACCCCUCCUCCUGAUACUUUGGUCUCCGUGAGUGGGAUGCCUCCAGAACCUCCAGACUAUACUCUACUUCGUCUGGUGGUUGUCUCCACCAAAUCUCCUAAGGUUAGCGCUGGUCAAAUAGCUGUCAUCGAUACGAGAGAAGGGGGCGUGCAGAUAGGUAGGGAUAAAUGCGAGAAGGGAGCACCAGCAAGGGUUAGGCUGAGGGAAAUGGAAGUAAGCAAGACUCAUGCCCUUAUCUUUUGGGGAGAGAAUGGAGACCAGCAGGUUGAGGUCGAAGAGGACGGCGAAAAGAGCAGAGAGGGGUGGUGGAUUGUUGAUCUGGGCUCAACCCACGGGACAUUCGUUUCUCCCUCGAAUGCGAGCGAUCAAGCUAGUAAUAACGAUACAGGAAUCCGAGCUCAUAAACGGUUGUCCAUCCCGAAACAUUCAUCGAAACCUUUUCCCCUCUUUCAUCUUUCGCUCUUCGUCAUUGGCUCUACCACAUUUCAAGCACAUAUUCAUGCUUCUUGGCCAUGCGAUACAUGUCAACUUAAAGGAGGCAAUGAAUUGCCUCUGGACACAGGAGAGACUUUUGUAAACAAUACACAAGACGCCGCAGGAUACGAAGAGAAGGUUUGGGACGUUGCUAUGAAUUCUCAGCAGAGGCGAGGGAAUAGAGAGGCCAAAAGGAAGAUAGAAAUGGCAAAUCUGAGGGAGAGUCUGCUGAAUAGGGGCGGGUCUGAGGAAGGAUCAGCUUCAGCGCAAAAUAUGCCAUCUAGAGGGUACAUUGAUCGUUCGGCCAUGCGUCGAGGACUACAUCGCCCCUCCCCUCCACGCGGUGGUCAGGCUCGUUUUACGGGCCAUACCGACGCCCCAGUAGAAGUUGCACCCGUGGAAAAUAAGUUCGCCGAAGAUUUCCUGGGACGACAGGGUUGGCAACGGGGGGAAGGUUUAGGAAAAGAUGGCACAGGACGGGCGGAUCCCAUUAUGACCCAUACAAGAGUUCGAAAACGCGGUAUUGGCGCGGAAGGAAGUAUUGAUGACGGUGAAGACUGGAGAGUGAAAGGGAAACUCAGGAGAUGGGGAGAUGUUGCAGGCCAAAAAUCUUGAUUUGUAAGAUUGUAUCUCUGUUGUAAUAGAUCUGAUGCAUACAGUGCAUACGUUUUACUCGUAAAACCCCGUCCUUUUUACAUGCUACUCAUCGUAUUCGGCACCUAAAGCAGUUCCCUUUGCAACAUCAAUCAUCUUCUUCACACGCUCAUACACCUAUACAACAGCCUGGCCAGGAGCCACACGCAAGACACGAGGAGUAAUACCCUUGUAAAACGCCUUGGCCCCUUCGUUCCUAAACAUUUCCGAAGCGACCUUGGCCA